AGCAUGAAUGAGGCUGAUGAAGCCAAGCAUCUGUGACAUGCAGACGAUGUGGCUUGAGGGCUUUUUAGGAGAGUGAGAAAAGAAGAAGGAAUAAUUAAGAAGAGGUGUUGUGUGGAGCUAGGGAGGGAGCGAGAUUCGUUAUAUUUUGCGGAGGAGGUGGGAACAGCAGAGAUUUCAAGGAAGCGUUGCGGACGCCGUCAUUAGCCAGGGCUCCCACGCCAUAGCGGGUAGUAUUUUGCUUCUGUCGGCGGGUAUUCCGGCACAUUGGCUGCUGAAAUCAUAAGUUUGUCCUGGGACGGAGUCCUUUUUCUCAAUAUAAUUUCUUCCUAAAAAUAGUCUACAUCGCAUGUGCCGUUCACUCUAUGCGGCGGGUAGAGUUAUAGACUGGGUGAAAUUACAUCCCCUCGAGCUUUUGUUUUUUAAUUUUAAUUUUAAUUUUUCCUCCUUUUCGCGCUGCCUGCUGUGGUGUCAGUGACAGUGAAGAUCGUGGCUUGUGCUGAGAGGUUUCUGUGUGUGUUGAAGGUCCAUUGGUGGGAGGUUUUGAGAUUAAUUGCCAAGGCGGUGGCGCUGGGUUUUUAGGUUAGGCUUUGGGUCUCUCGGAUUAGGGUGCGUGCAAGGUUGCUGCUUCGUAGUUGAUCUUGUGGAUUGUUUGUCGAUCGAUUCUGAGCUUUCAGGGAAGACCGGUUGUGGAGCAGAGAGUCAAGCAUUUUUUGUAAUUUUUUUGUUGCCAUAGCUACCUCACAAGAAACCAAGAAGGUUGAGCUUCGGCUCCGAGUGGCAGGUGUUGAGCGUGACGACUGUAGGUAGUUUGUGCUUACACAGGCCGCAGUGCUUAGCCUCGAGUGAUCCUCGCAAUACGUGCACUCUCGCCAUGUUCCUUGUUAGACGAGUCUUCCAGAACCUGCAGUAAACAUGGCAUUGUUUACUUCCACGCUAUCGUUCCUUUCAUUUUCUUGCCCCUCCAGCCUGAAAACGUGAACAGACAUGGUUCUUCGAGCAGAAUAGGCAUUUCUGAAGAGUAAAAGGACGGGUAGAUAGCUUUUUCUCUAUAUUGAUUAUUGUAGCAUUAGGGAGCUAAAUCGGACAGUGCUUCUCAGCAUUUGAUUUUUUUUCUUUCUACUAUGCCUUCGAUCAUCGACAUGGCAAGAGUCGUUCAUAGUUUUCGAGCAGUGCUGUUGCUGGCAAUGUUGGCGUCUUUCACGGCCAACGCUCAGCAAUCAGGUCCCAAACUGGGAUUUUUCAACUACUCGGGGAUGCAAGCCACGGUUAGAUGCGUGGAUUAUCCCACCAAGGUCUUGGAAGCGGGAGAUACCUUCUACAUUCCGCUCACGCGCAGCGACCAGGUGUGCAUUGUGACGUUGAAGGACGGCGAGCACGCCUCCGCCGUCAUUGACAAGGUGUUGCCCAGCUCCUCCAAUUCGGGCCAUUCUGUCUCUGUGGACAUCAACGACACGUUCCUUUUCUUUGCUCUGGACGACACUCACCAUCACCACUAUGUAAACUUUCUUGAUUCUCAGGACGAGCAGAUCCAGAUUCAGAGGUCCUCUGAUCUCCAGCUAUGGACGAUGGAAGAGUCUAUGGAUGAGUGAUGACGUUGCACGUCACCCUCACUGACUUGAGCAUCUCGGGCGUCCCGAUGAAGCUAUCUUGUGGCUGAGCUAGCAAUUACAGGAGAAAUCAAAGGUUUCGAUCGACCUAUGUGUGGAAGCAAUUGCCGCAAGAGCGCUGACCUGUGUAGAUUUGAGAACGUCCUGGUAUUGUGGAUGCCGCCUUAUUGAACACACGGCUGAGGACCAACCACGAAGUACUCGGAGUGUAAAGGCUUGAUCACUUCAUGAACCCUGGUGCCAGCAUCAUCGAGAUUUACUGUGGCUCAGUGUAUUGUAGUGUAUAUUAAGUCUUGCACGCAGAUCAUUCUACACGAGUUUCUGUCUCACAAAAAGUGAGCAGAAUCCAACAAGUGUUGAUGAUCGACUAUGUUAUAGCAUUCUGUUUUUUCUUGCUUUGAAAAGACUGUUCUCGAGGCGUCGAAUGUAUUUUACAGGCUGGUGCAUGUCAGCCUCUUUUCAAUAACAAUAUGCUGUAAUGUUGGGGUAA